ACGAGGUCCGAGAUCCUCCGGGUCUCCUUUUCCGCCGCGAACCCGAAUUUCUUCCAGAAGCUGGAGCUCCGAUUCGAAUUCCAUGGAAGCCCCUCGAUUCCAGGCUCUCGUGAAGAAGCGAUCGCCGCCGCCGUCGUCGUCUACUCCAUUUCUCGAAGGUUUCAUCUCCCGCCGCCGCUGCAAUUGAUCGGAGAGACCCAUCCGCCAUGGAUGCUCGCGAUCACUACAAGGUGCUGGGCUUGAACAGACGCGCCACGAAGGAAGAAAUCAAGGAGGCAUUCAGGAAGCUGGCGAAGGAAUUUCACCCUGAUAAGCAUUCCCAAUCGCCCAAGGCCAUCAGGGACUCUGCUACUUUGAGGUUCAAGCAAGUUUCGGAAGCAUAUGAAAUCCUCGGCGAUGAUUGUAAGCGGGCUGAUUACAAUAUUCGCUCUCGUUGCGCCUCUGGUCCUUCUGUUAAUCAUCAUUAUUACUCGUCGUCGUAUAAUUCUUAUGCUAAUGCGAGUGGACCUCGAUAUGCUUCUUCUUCGGGAUUUGCCUCUCGCUCUGGUUCCAAUGUUGAAGGAUUUGUUACGAAUGUUCAUAUGCUUCUACGAUUUCUCACCACGCGGGCUUUUCUUCUCAAUUUUGCUUUUGCCGGUGCUUUAGUUGGUGGCAUGUUUGCGAUUGACACGAGUGGGGAGGCCUUGUGGAAGAUGCACAAUUCUGGGAAAUCGUUUGAAGAAGCCAUGGAGUCAAUUAAUAAAGCCAAAACACAUGAAGAUGCUUAAAAGUGCUUGCAUUAGAAUUCAUUUCCCACCACCAGAUUGUGUUUUUCCAAGUCUUCUUCCUGUGGGGUUAACAUUCCACAUGUAAGUGAAGUUGAGACUCACUUGACCAUACAAAGAGAACUGGAGAACUGUAUGAAAUGUAUAUCUAUAUAUUCUAUCUUUUUCUCAUCUCCUUGCUGCU